AUGCUGCGGUUGGGGAGCAGGAGAUAUCUUGGAAUGGUAGGGUCAGCUGGUCAGACCAGUGACAAUUUAUUUCAGUUUCAGCUUUUGCGAAGGGAGCCUGAAAAACAAUUAGAUUUCAAUUUAAAACAUAUGUGGUCGAGAAGAAUCACAUUCCCAGUGUGUGAACUAAAUCUGUUGUUCCCUCUAGCUGCUGCCAGUGUCUAA